AUGAAAGAAGGCGGAGGGCUAGUAGCGGAAAAUUGGUCCAGUAUAAAUAUGUACGCAUUUUUCUUCCUCUUACUAUUGCUCUGCUUCAACGUCAAUGCUGAACGAAUUAGAAGAGCGCCUCAACGGCCUGGAUUUUUUGAUUGUUUGCAACAUUGCUGGAGUUAUCCAUGGAGGCAGAUACCCGGCUGA